CGUGUCCUCUGCUACUCCACACCCCCGCGCGAACAUUGAGUGGCUCACAAACAGCUGAAGCCAUGGAGGACGCUUACCUUGUGCCGGCGAUCUUGUGCCUGCUGCAAACCAUCCUCGGCACCCUCAGAAUCCGUGAGCUGGAUUCGUGGAUCCGUCAAGCCGGGCUUCAGGAUGACACCGAGAACCUCAAGUCCGAGCUCGAGGUACUCCAGGCGGUGGCCUCCGAUGCGAAGGGGAGGACGCUCCAGAGCGCGCGGCUGGAUAAAUCUCUCGCCGAUCUCAAAAGGUUUCUGUACGACGCCGACGACCUGGUCGACGAGCUCGACUACUGGAGGCUGCGGCACCAAGUCGAAGGAGAUAUUGAAUUUGAAUAUUGGAAAUCGAUUGUAUUUCAAAUUCCUGUUAAAAUUUGAUUUAUGGUACUAGUUAGAAUUCAAACUUUUGACGUGGUUGAUCACAUCAAGCAUCAAAUUACCCCUAUUUCAGUCGCCAACACGGUUUCUAUUUCCCAAGACCCGCUGCCAUCUUCGUCCAAUGCGUACAAUCGCCACGCCUCUGACGGUGUUACCCAGCCUUGCACCGCAGCCGCAACGACUACUGCCGUUACUUUGCAGGAGCCCGAAGGCAUGCAUGAAGCAGCGCGAGUAGAUCAUGGCACAUCGAUGGACGAUGGUGAUAAUAUACUGCCGAGAAGAGGUCGUGGCAAAAAAAGGUCCCCACAUUGGGUUGAUUUUGAGGAAAUAUAUGACACUGAUGGAAAAACCGUGGGGGCAGAAUGUAGACACUGUAAAAAGAAACUUAAAUACGACGGUAAACAAGGGCCAAGAGUCUUGAUGACUCACUCCAAUAGUGCCAAGUGUAAGAAUACGCGAGGAGCACGUCCCCAGCCGCCAAGCCAUUCAAGCAUAGAUGCUGCUGCUGAAAAUGCCACCCCCGUUGCUGUCAUUAAUUCUUCCAGCAUACCAAUAAUAGGAACGAAUCAAGAGCCAACACAAAUUACCUCAGCUAUUGCUCACCCUUGGAAUAAGGACGAAUUUUCCAGCAGGAUGCAGGAAAUAACACGUCAGUUGCAUGACAUCCGAGAGGAUGUGACAAUGAAUAUAAACAUGCUCGGGUUAUACUCUGGUGCAAGUUCAGUUCUCCAUCAAAGUACAGCCUCAGAUCCAUGCCGAAGAACAUCAAGUCUUCUUCAAGGCAAAGUGUAUGGGAGAGACAAAGAGAAGAACACAAUCAUAAAGGUGAUGACUGCUGGGAAAUCUGACAGUGUGACUGUCGUGCCUAUUGUAGGCAUUGGAGGUGCUGGGAAGACAGCUCUCACACAAUUUGUAUAUAAUGAUCCGAAAGUGCAAAACCAAUUUGACCACAGCACAUGGGUCUGGGUGUCUAACAGCUUUGAUGAAAUGAGAAUCACAAGAGAGAUGUUAGAUAUUGUCCCUCGAGAAAAGCACAAAGGGUUAUGCAGCCUUGACAGACUUCAGCUGGUCUUGAAAACUCAUAUUGAAUCAAAGAGGGUUCUGGUUAUUUUAGAUGAUGUCUGGGAUGACCUGAAUGAUUGCAGAUUUAACCUAAUACUUGCUCCUUUCAAGUCAAACAAUGCAAAUGGCAGUGUGAUCCUUGUGACGACUAGAUAUCUCUCUGUUGCAGAAAGGAUAGGAACGACUGAACCAGUUGUGUUAGGUGCUCUGGAAGAUGACGAUUUAUGGUUAUUGUUCAAAGAACGAGCAUUUGGUGAUGAGAACUACGAAGGGCAUGGAAAUCUAACAAACAUUGGACGAAUAAUAGCAUGCGAGCUAAAAGGCAACCCAUUAGCAGCAGUAACUGCAGGGCAACUAUUAAGAGUUGAUCUUACUGUUGAUCAUUGGAUUAAUAUUCUCAAGGACGAAGACUGGAAAUUGGUGGGGCUCAGUGGAGGCAUCAUGGCUGCUUUGAAACUUAGCUAUGAUCAGUUGCCGUACCAUCUACACCAAUGUUUCUCAUAUUGUUCUAUAUUCCCUGACAGUUAUUGGUUUCUUGGCGAGGAGUUGGUCCGUAUUUGGAUUUCACAAGGAUUUGUCAAACAGAGCCACCAUCCAAGUAAGAAAUUAGAGGAGAUAGGAAUGGACUAUCUGGCUGAUUUGGUGAACCUGGGAUAUUUUCAGCAAGUUCAAAAAGACUCCUUUCUAGUCAGUCAAAAUUCAUAUGUUGUGUCUGGUCUUAUGUAUGAUUUUGCAAAGAUGGCUUCAAGAGCUGACUGCGCAAUUAUAGAUGGUCUACAAUGCAAUGAUAUAUUGCCAACUGUACAGCAUUUGAUAAUGGUAUACAACAAAUAUCAGCAGCAUGGAAACGUGUCUUGGAGUAACAACUUUAAAGAACAUUUGCGAAAUACAGUUACAUCCGUGAGAAAACUGAGGACAUUACUGUUAAUUGGGCAAUAUGACUGUUCCUUCUUCCAAUCCUUCAAAGGCAUAUUCCAAAAGGCACAUGAUAUACGUCUGCUACAGAUAUCUGCAACAUUUCAAGAAGAAAAAACAUAUAAAGAUUUUAAUUCGCUCAUGCACAGUUCUGUAAAUCCUACUCAUCUUCGCUACCUAAAACUAACGGCCAAGGAGCUGCAAGGAGAUUUGCCUCAGUUUUUGAGCAAUUUUUGCCACCUUCAAGUAUUAGAUGUUGGCUCAAAUUACCUUAAUGUACCUCAUAGCAUGAAUAAUCUUGUCAGUUUGCGCCAUCUUGUGGCAGUUUCCAUUGCUAGAAUUGGCAAGUUGGCCUCACUUCAGACACUAAACAAUUUCAGCGUAGAUGAUUCUGAUGGCUUUCGGAUUAUAGAACUUCAAUCCAUGAACGAUCUUGCCCAGCUUAGGAUUUCUCAACUUCAAAAUGUUAAAACUCGGGAGGAGGCUUGUGGGGCAGGACUGAGAUAUAAACGACACUUGGAAAAGCUGCACUUGUCCUGGAAUAUGUCAGAUGUUGAAUCUGACUCGGAUGGCAGCAAUGAAUCUGACUCGGAUGACAACAAUGAAUCUGACUCGGAUGACAGCAAUGAAUGCGAGAAUGUCAUGAGCUCUGAACCUUCUACCGGCAUAGAAACAGAGGAGUGCUUGCCAACAGAGGUGCAUAUGGGUCUUGCAAGUUCUACCAGCAUCGUGGAAAUGGAGGAACGCUUGCUAACACAGAUGAAUGAGGUUCUUGAACCUUCUACCAGCAUAGAAAAUGAGGGGUGCUCUCCGGCAGAGGUGCUUGAGGGUCUUAGACCAUACAACAACCUAAAGCAUCUUGAGAUAUCUGGAUAUAAUGGUGUUACCUCUCCUUCUUGGCUUGCUAGCAAUACCUCUUUACAGACUCUGUAUUUGGAUAGCUGUAGAAAAUGGCGGAUACUUCCAUCUCUGCAAAGGCUUCCGCUUCUUAGAAAAUUGAAGUUAAGAGGUAUGCCAAGAUUAGUAAAAAUAUCAGUUCCUUCAUUAGAGGAGCUGCUGUUAAUUGAAAUGCCAAAGUUGGAGACAUGCUCCUGCACUUCUAUGAGGGAGUUGAACUCUUGUUUAAGGGUUCUGAAAAUUAAGAAUUGCACUGUACUGAAGGAGUUUGAUCUGUUUGGGAACAGCCAUGAAUUUAAAAUUGAGCUGAAGUCAUGGUUGCCACGUAUUUGGGAACUCAUUAUCCACAACUGUCCUCUUUUGCUGGUAUCACACCCUUUACCAUCUUCAAGUACUGUUUCUAGGAUUUCCAUGAGCGGAAUUCCAAAAUUUCCAAGAAUAGAUUCACGGUCCUGCGGAAGUUUAACCAUCGGCGAGGAUCCUGAGAUGUCUGAUUCUGAUGAUGAAUAUGGUUCUGGUGAGGAUCGUUUUGACAAGUUCUCUGAUAAUCUAUCAGUGUUAGAUGGAAAUAUUUUGGCAUUCCAUAAUCCAAGGUUCCUGACAAAGUUGACAAUAAGUCGUUGCCGAAAUCUAAUGUAUAUUUCAUUCAAAGGAUUAAGUCAACUUGUAUCCUUAAAGAGACUGGAAAUAGUGGACUGUCCAGAACCUUUUGGUUUCAAUGUUCCACCAGACCAUACCCAUGAAGAUUUAUUUGAAGCUGAUACCCAUGAAGAUUUGACAGCUGCAAAUUGGAAUGCCCUCCCAUCUCUUGAAUAUUUAGAGAUUUUUUCAUGUGGAAUAACGUGGCAGUGGCUAUCUGUGAUUCUACAACAUGCGCCAGCACUAACGGAAUUGAAUUUAAAGAACUGCCCAGAACUGGAAUCUCUACAACUGAACUCCUGCACGACACUGCAAAAGUUGAGGGUAUAUAACUGUGAAUCGCUCGGCACACUAGAGGUCUUGCAAUCCCGUUCCCUCAGGGAUAUGGAAGUAUAUCAUGUCCCAAAAUUGAAAUCCCUACAGCUGCACUCUUGCACGGCAAUGGAAGAGUUGGUCAUCCGUGGAGCUGCAGUCUGCAUGCUAAGGGGCUCGCAAUCACUCAGGCAGUUGCGACUCCAUGCAAGCCAGUAUUUGGAAUCUCUACACCUGUGCUCCUGCACGGCACUGCAAGAGUUGGAUAUUUGGAGGUGUGCAUCACUCUCUACACUAGUGGGCUUUCAAUCCCUUGGCAGCCUCAGGCGUUUGAUUCUACAUGAUUGCUGUGGCUUGCAUUCAUGUUUGGAGGGUUUGCCAGAGCAGGACUACGAAUUAUGCCCUCGACUGGAAUUUCUUGAAAUCAGUGAUUUCUCUUUCCUUGCCACAUCGUUCUGCAAGCAACUCACAUCACUCCAGCGGCUAGUUAUUAGUGGUUUUGCAGAAAAAACAACAGCAGAAGGACUGACAGAUGAGGAAGAGAGAGGGCUUCUGCUCCUCGGUUCCCUCACAGAGCUCCAAUUUGCAUAUUACAGGCCUCUCAAAUAUCUUCCUGCAGGCCUGUACAGACUUCGCUCCCUCCAGGUGUUGGAUAUUUCAUUUUGUCCGAGCAUCUCAGGAUUGCCGGACCUCCCGCCUUUUCUAGAGGAGUUGAAAGUCUUCCGGGGCAGUGAGGAGCUGAAACGUCAAUCCAAAUCGCUAGUGUCAAGCAAGUUAAAGGUCAAAAUUGACGACCAAUAUGUGAGCUGAUUACUCGUGGCUUGUUAUGCACACAUGCACAACAGAUACAGUUGUAAACUUGUACUGCUUUUGAGGUUUGUUUUCACUUCAGAACCUCAUCCUCUUGUGAUUUGUUUUGCUGCCAUAUCAACAGGAACUCCAAGACACAAUUUCCAGGAUGUGUUGUGCUGUUCAUCACAAGUUGGCCACAAGAAGCUUAUUCAAAACUUCCUUGAUACACUAGCCAGAAAUACUCUGCAGCUACAGCAAUGCACUUUGUAUUUCGGAACUCCACCUCUUAGCCAGCAUAUGUUGCUCCAUCAGAAUUCAGGGCGCGUCGGCAGACACUGAUUUGCUCAUAGAUUUGAAUAUGCGACCUUGCUGGGUUUGGCUACAAAUUUUUUUUCAUUGUAAUAUGUACGUUCCAAGGAAUUCGUUUUGUUUUGUGGUUUCUUUUGUGAUGCCACAAGACCAACGUGUUGUGCUUCAGACAGUGCGUGGUUAUUCAGCCAGUUUUGCUCCAGAGCUAUA